AACAAUGGUUACAACCAACCUUCAUACACCACUACAACUGGUGGCAAAAAUCCAAGACAAAUUCAUAUUGCACAUAGAAGAUCUCCAAGUGAAUUGACAAGUUUAAUGAUUGAACAAAUCACUUUACAACGUCAAUUGGAACUCGUCCAACAGCAACAACAACAAAUUCUAGCUCAACAAGGUGGUUCUGGUGGUUCUAGUGGCUAUUCUGCUGGCUCUAGCGGAAACCAAUUUCAACCUCCAAAUUCUCAUAGACGUACCGGUUCAAAUACCCAUAGAAGAUCACAAUCUUCAAUGACUGGUUCAACCACUUCUCCACAAAAUACUGGUGGCUCAGCUCUUGGUCAUAAUAGAAGACAUUCUUUAGGUUUAAAUGAAGCUAAAAAGGCUGCUGCUCAAGUCCAAGCUCAAAGAUCUGGUAAAGAACCUAGUACUACAGAUGUUGAAGAAUCAUCAAGUUCAAUGCCUCCUCCAUCAGGUUUUAAAUUCCCUUCAACUGUUAUUGAUGCUCCAUCUCCUCCACCUCAAACUCAAUCAUAUGCUUCAGUUUCACGUCGUCCUUCAAAUGGUGGUGGCCAUGGUCGUUCAAGAUCCUCUGUUGGACAUUCACCUCAAAGAAGUUAUCAAUUCCCACCAAAAUCUCCACAACAAUCUUCUAGUGGUGGUUUUGAUUCAUUAGCUCCACCUCCUCAAAACUUUUCCUAUCAUGAACGUCGUCAAUCUGGUCAUCAACGUUCAAAUUCACGUAAUUUUGAUCCAAAUACUCAACAAAAUAUAAAUAUGAAUUGGAGAUCUCAACAAAGUAAUCAACAACAACAACAAAGACAAUUAUCACCUUCAAGAAAUUCAUUUACUGAAGGGUCUUCAUCAUUCUUGGAACCACCUCAACCACAAUUCACACCUGGUCAUCGUAUUCGUGGUUCUCAUAAUAAUAAUAACAAUUCAAUUUCUUCAUUAAGUGGUUUCCAAUUACCUGGUCAAGUUGGUGGUAGAAAAUCAUUAUUUGCCCCAUAUUUACCUCAAUCAUCAAUUCCUGAUUUAGUUGCAGAAGGUCGUUUAGUUGUUGGUACUCUUAGAGUUAAUAAAAAAAACCGUUCAGAUGCUUAUGUUUCCACUGAUGGAUUAUUAGAUGCUGAUAUUUUCAUUUGUGGUUCAAAAGAUCGUAAUAGAGCAUUGGAAGGUGAUUUAGUUGCAGUGGAAUUAUUAGCUGUUGAUGAAGUUUGGAGUAGUAAACGUGAAAAAGAGGAGAAAAAAAGAAGAAAAGAUAAUACUCAAACUUCAAGUUCAAAUAAUAAUUCAAAUAAUUCUUCAGAAAUUAUUGAUGAUGUUCAUAAUGAUGCAAGCACUCAUUCCACAACAACAACUACAACUACAACAUCAGGUGAAGAUGAUAAAGAUGAAUCAACUAGUGUUGGUGGGAGUUUAAAAAGAAAAGGUUCUUUAAAACAACGUCCAACUUUGAAAAAAAAUGAUGAUGUUGAAGUUGAAGGUCAAUCAUUAUUAUUAGUUGAAGAAGAGGAAAUUAAUGAUGAAUAUAAACCAUUAUACGCUGGACAUGUUGUUGCAGUUAUUGAUCGUAUUCCUGGUCAAUUAUUUGCAGGUACUUUAGGUUUAUUAAGACCUUCACAACAAGCUAAAGAUCAACAAUCUUCUUCAAGACCAAAAAUUGUUUGGUUUAAACCAACAGAUAAAAAAGUUCCAUUAAUUGCAAUCCCAACAGAACAAGCACCAAAGGAUUUUGUAGAAAAUCAUGAAAAAUAUUCAGAUAAAUUAUUUGUUGCAUCAAUUAAACGUUGGCCAAUUACUUCAUUACAUCCAUUUGGUACAUUAGUUUCAGAAUUGGGACCAAUGAAUGAUUCAAAUACAGAAGUUGAUGCUAUACUAAGAGAUAAUAAUUUCCUAUGUGAAGAGUAUUUAGAUGUUGAAACUGGUGAAGAACGUGAAGAUUUUGAAAUUAAUGAUGUUGAUUUUGAACAAGAAUUUAAUAAAAGAAGAGAUUUUACCAAUGAAUAUGUUUUAGCUAUUAGUGAAACUGGUGUUAAUAGUGAUAAUGCAUUACACGUUAAAAGAAUUUCAAAUGAUAAGAUUGAAUUGGGUGUUCAUGUCUCAGAUGUUUGUGCUUUUAUUAAAGAAGGUUCAUUAUUGGAUAAAAAGGCAAGAAAAAGAUCAAGUUCAGUCUUUUUGGCUCAAAAAGUUGUUGAUUUAUUACCUAAAUCAAUUAAUGAAUUAUUAAGUUUUGUUAAGAAUGAAAAAUCUUUAGCAUUAAGUGUUGUUUUUGAAAUUGAUACAUUAAAAUUUGAAGUUGAUAAUGUUUGGAUUGGUGAAAGUUUUAUUCAACCAAAGAAUAGAUUAACAUUUGAUCAAAUUGAUUCAAUCUUGGAUGAUGGAGAUGAAUCAAAUGAAUAUGUUUCAAGUGCCUCAAAAGAUUAUAUUCGUACAAUAUCAUUAAUUUCCAGAGAAUUUAGACGUCAAAGAUUAGAAAAUGAUCAAUUAAAUAAUGAAGUUAAUUUAACUUUAAUUGAUCAAAUUGAUGAUGAAAAAGUUCGUUUACAUUUAAAUUUAUUUAAAAGUUCAUUAAGUUCAUCAAUUUUAAAUGAAAUUUUUUAUAAAGUUAAUGGUACAAUAGCUCAAAGAAAUUAUUCAAUUUUAGGAGAUGUUGCAUUUUUAAGAAGACAAACAAUUCCAACAUUAACAAAAUUGGAAAGUUUUAAAAAGAAAAUUUUAAAUUUAGGAAUUGAAAUUGAUACAUCAUCAAGUGCUAAAUUAAUUAAUUCCAUAUUAUCAAUUAAAGAUGAAACUAUAAGACAAGGUGUUGAAAUUUUAUUUUAUAAAAGUUUAUCAAGAUCUAAAUAUUUUGUUGCAGGUAAAGUUGAAGCAGAAAAUUAUGGAGCAUUUUAUUUUAAUUUACCAUUAUAUACCCAUUUUACAUCACCAUUAAGAAGAUAUGCAGAUUUAAUUGUUCAUAGACAAUUGAAGCAAACAUUUGACCAGGAUUUGAAAUUGAAUGGAGAUAAUGAAGAAUUGGAAUCAUUAAAGAUGACUGCAGAAUAUUGUAAUUUUAAAAAAGAUUGUGCCAAGGCAUCACAAGAUCAAUCAAUUCAUUUAUUAUUAAGUCAAACUAUUAAUGAGAUGAGUAAAAAAACUGGACAAUUGAUUGUUAUUGGUAAAGUUUUACAAGUUUAUGAAAGUGCAUUUGAUGUUUUUUUACCAGAAUUUGGGAUUGAAAAAAGAGUUCAUGGAGAUCAAUUACCUUUGAAAAAGGCUGAAUUUGAUAAAAAACAUGGAGUUUUAGAAUUAUAUUGGGAAAAGGGAGUUGAUAGUGGUACAUUUAUUCCAGAAGAUGAACGUGAACCAUUAAGUUAUAGAAAUUCUAUAAAGAAUAAAUUUAAAACAAGUGCUAAUGAGAUUGCACAAUAUCAACAAGAUUUUAAUAAACAAGAUCAUGAUUUGAAUCAAGAAUUGGAGAGAUUAAAAUUAUCACCACCAAGUUUUAAAAUUCCAUCACCAAGAACAACAACAAGAUCAUCAACAUUUGAAGAUCCAGUUAGUCAAUCAUUACCAACGACACCAGUUGAUAGUGUGAAGAGUGUUGUUGGUCGUACUAGUUCAAGUUCCAAGAUUGAGACUGGACAAGGUUCUUCUAGAGAAAAGAAGCUCCAUGCAUUAGAUUCAUAUUUGGAUAAGUUGACGUUAAGAGUGGAAGGAGGAGAUUAUAUCCAAGAAAUUAAGGAGCUCAGUGACAUUCCUAUUUUGUUGAGGGCUGAGAUUGGGAUGGCUUUGCCUUGUUUGACGGUUCAUGCGUUGAACCCAUUC